ACCAAACCAAACCAAUGCUUCACCAUCGAUAAAACAUAGGAGCUUCUUCUUCCUCUUCUUCUCACUAUUCUCCAGUCACAGCUCACAACCCUUACCUUUCAUAAUUUAUUAUUUAUUUAGCAUCCUUUGAAAUCUUCUCAAGGGAGGAGAUGAACUCAGCCGUCACCAGAAAAGACAUGGAUCGGAUCAAGGGUCCAUGGAGCCCCGAAGAGGACGAGGCUCUGCAGAAGCUCGUGGAGAAGCACGGGCCCAGGAAUUGGUCCCUGAUAAGCAAGUCCAUUCCGGGUCGCUCCGGCAAGUCCUGCAGGCUCCGCUGGUGCAAUCAGCUAUCUCCUCAGGUGGAGCACCGGGCCUUCACGCCAGAAGAGGACGACACUAUAAUCAGGGCCCAUGCCCGUUUCGGCAACAAGUGGGCCACCAUAGCCCGUCUCCUCUCGGGCCGAACCGACAACGCCAUAAAGAACCACUGGAACUCCACCCUGAAGCGCAAGUGCGCUUCCAUGAUGAUCGAUGACCUUCAGCCUCUGAAGAGAUCCGUGAGUGCAGGCGCUGCUCUUCCGAUCUCCACCGGACUCUACAUGAACCCGUCAACGCCCGGUAGCCCCUCUGGAUCCGAUAUGAGCGAGUCCAGUGUACCAGUUGCGUCUUCGUCUCACGUGUACCGACCUGUUCCGAGGACCGGCGGGGUUCUACCACCCGUAGAAACGACGUCGUCUUCCAAUGACCCUCCCACUUCAUUAUCCCUAUCCCUUCCCGGCGUAGACUCUUCGGAGGUCUCGAAUCGGGUAAUCGAGCCAACUCAUGCCCCGCCCCCACCAUCAAAUACUAUCCCUUUCAUGCCGAUAAUGGCGGCGCCGAUGGCGGUGCCGGUGCCACAGCAGUUUCACGAUCCCUCGGGAUCGAAGCAGAAGGGGUUAGAGCCGUUUAAUUUUAGUGCAGAGUUGCUGGGUGUGAUGCAUGAUAUGAUAAGAAAGGAGGUGAGGAGUUAUAUGGCGGGGUUGGAACAGCAGAAGGGGAUGUGUUUUCAGGCAGCUGAUGAUGGGUUUAGAAACGCUUCCGUGAAGCGUAUUGGGAUUAGCAGGGUCGAUUCGUAAAUAUUAUCAGAAUGGAAAGAACACAUGUAGGGAUGAGAAAAUGAUGGCGCUUUCAGCUGGAGAAAAAUAUGAAGCUAAAAUUCCCUGUUUUUUUAAUUUUCCCCUUGUUUUUAGGCAAUAAUUUUGGUUAAUGUACAGUGGGAGAACUUGUUUCCAAGGGAGAUGGGUGGGGGAGUGGAGGGAUAGCAUCGGGGAAAUGGAAUUCAUUUCUAAGAAGACGAAGGAAGGAAAAAUGAGAUAGAUGAUAGCCAUGGAAAAAAUAUGAAACUUCUGGCAACUCUUUUAAUGUCUCUUGGUCUUGUUCUGCAGGCUUAGUUGGAAAAGAAAAAGAAAAAUGAAAAAAAGUCUAGAAUAAAAAAAAUCCUCAAAAUCUCGAUAUAAUUUUGACUCUAUUUUCAUGGUUUGCACAGGCGUAAAUUUCAAUUCGUUUAGAUUCCAAUCCAAAAUCAGGCGAAGUAGUCUUUUACACGACGGGGUAACCGAGUUACCUAAUUUGAAAGUAGUUAAAUUAGUUUAAAAAGGGAAAUAUCACUGAAUCGAUGUUAGUUUUAGUUGAAUAUGCUGUUUGUAUAGGUGUAACCAAAGUAUUCCCCCUUGUGCCGAUUAAAGAUAAAACUAAUAUUUCUAUUAUCAAUGGUUUAGCAGAACUGGAGGAUAUGAACCGCGAAGAUGGAAUCUGUCAUGUAUCAAGUUUUGAAAUGUUAGGCAUGUAAUCACUUUAA